AUGAAGCUAUUGAAACUUCCACAAGUAUUCCACGAGGGGGAGAUACACGCCAUCGAUAUAAAUAAAGAUGGUUCUUAUCUCAUUUCUGGGGGUAAUGAUAACCUUGUUAGUGUAUGGCAUUUACGACAAUUGAUCGAUUUAUCAAAAGCUGUUGCCAGCAACAAGGCCACCACUGAGAUCAAAAGUAAAUUAAAAGCAUACAAACCAUUUCAUGCAAUCACUUGCCAUGAAUGUCUCAUUAAUGUGGUGAAAUUUUUGCCUGGUAAACCUAAUGAAUUUGUUACCAGUGACGUUGAAGGAAAUGUUUUCCACCAUACUAUGAAAGAUGACGUACCAACAACUAAAAAGAUUUUUCCAUUUGAAAACAAAGAUGUUGAGAUUAAGCCUAUUGUUGAUUUGUCAAUUUCAGCAGAUGAUAGAUUAAUUGCAUGGAGUACCAAAGAUGGUAAAGUUUAUUUAUACGAUUUGGUAAAAGAUAAUUUCCAAGAGUUGACAAAGAUAUACCAUGAAAAACCAAUAAUACAACGAAGUAUCGCAUUUGAUCCAACUAACAAUUACCUUAUCACCGUGGGAGACAAUACUCAGAUCAAUUUAUACCAGUAUUGUUACGACAAAGCUAGUGAUAACUAUACUUUUAGAUUGAUUAAUAAAAUUUCUCGUUAUUUCAGUCAGAACCCAAUGAGCGUUCGAUACAAGAGAAUUUCAUGGUCUUCAGAAGGUGAACUUUUCCCAAUCCCUACUGCUACAAAGAAUCAAACUAUGUUAAUCUCAUUGAUUUCCAGAACCAGUAAAUGGAGCAACGCAGAGAAUCUUGUUGGACAUGACCAUGCCAACGAAGUGGUUAGAUUUUCUCCAAAGAUAUUUUCAGAAACCGACAAGAAUGCUUAUAGAACUCAUCAUAUUGUGGCUUCAGGAGGUUCUGAUCAAACAAUUGCCAUUUGGAACACAACGAAAACUGGUCCAAUUACUGUCAUGGAGGAAGUUAUUCAGGGUGAGGUACUUGACAUGGCAUGGACUACAAAUGGAGAGACAUUAAUAUUUGCAACAUCUAAGGGGAAAUUGGGUAUCAUAAACUUUGAACGCGGUGAAUUAGGUUAUCCCUUUAGUGAUGAGACAAUGGAAAAAAUGAUCAAGUUACAUGCCAACCUGGUUGAAUCUAUGUUAUUCAGAUACCCAUAUGAGCAAACCGUGGGAAAUAGAAAACAAUUGCCAAACAUAGAAUUUUUAAAACAAGCAACAGCAAUUCUGGCAUUGGAAAAACCAACAAAAUAUCUGGAUAAGGAACAGCCUGGAGACAAUGAUGAGGAUAAGAAUGAUACAAACAACGAUACAAAAGGAGAGAUAGUUCCAGAGGUUAUAACACCACCAGUAUUACAGGAGAUACCAGAUACUCCUUCAAAAGAUAUGUUAGAUUCUGUAAUGAAAACACGUGUUGAUUCAACACCAAAACUUCUGAGAAGUUCAUCGAAAAUGGAGGAGGUAAAGUCAAAUAGUCCAGAGGAGAUAAAAAAGGAUGAUUCUGAAGAUGCUUCUACUCAAACAGAUGGUAAGAUCGAAACAAAAAACGAGGAGACCAAACCCGAGAAGGUAGAAACGGAAGAAGAUUCCAAGAAGGAAGAAGAUUCCAAGAAGGAAGAAAAAUCCCCUUUUCCAAAGAAAUUAUCAUUUGAUAAACAAAAAGUGACCACCAAAAAUGGUAAACGAAGAAUCCAGCCGAUGUUGAUUUCCAGUAAUAAUGGGCCGACUAUACCAAAAUCGUCUCCUUCAACAUCCACCACUUCAGUGACAACAAAGUCUAUCAACAAGACACCAAUGGAAUUUGAAAAGCCUUCAUAUUCUGUAUCUGAUGAGUUUCAAAGACAGAAUAAACGUCCGAAAACAGACGAAAUAAAUGGAUCGUCCAAGAAGGCGAAAAGAGAAACGGAACCUGUCAAAUUUAUUGGAUCAGUUAUACUUAAUCCUAAUACAACAUUCUCCAAAAUUAGAUUAGCGACCCCUAAAGUAAGAUUUGGAUUCCAAGUUAAAAGUCAGAUUGAUGGAUCUCUGGCACUUCUUGAUAUCAGAAAUGGAUCAGGUAAUGAGGUUAAACCAUCAAGGAUAACUUAUUUUAAGAAUGAUAAAGAGAUCUGGUGUGACUUUUUACCAAAGUAUAUUCAAUUAGCCGUCGAAGGUUCAAAUUUCUGGGCUGUUAGUAUUGAUGACGGUACAGUAUUGACAUAUUCGCGUAUUUCCGGAAAAAGACUUUUACCAAGUAUAGUUUUAGGUUCACCUGUUUCAUUUCUUGAAAGUUAUAGUACGUACUUGAUGGCAGUUACCUGUAUCGGAGAAGUUUAUGUGUGGGAUAUGGAAAAGAAAAAGAAUGUGCUCAAAACUUCAAUUGGACCAUUAUUGGAAUUAUGCAAUAAAGAUGGAUUAGUGAAGUCUGAGAAUAUCACAUUAUGUGCCGUGACAUCAUUGGGUAUACCAUUGGUUACAUUGUCAAGUGGUUCAGGGUAUUUAUAUAACAAAGAUCUUGCAGUAUGGCAAACAAUUACGGAAUCAUGGUGGUCCUUUGGCUCUUAUUAUUGGGAUAGUGUGGAUGAUAGUAAGAAACCACAGACAUUAGGUAUGUUUGAUGAUGAACAAUCAAUUAUUGGAUUACUCGAAAGCAAGACAAAUGAAGAAAUUAUCAGAAAGUCAAGAACAGGUAGAGGGAAAUUUUUCAACAAGAUUUCGAAGAAUAUGCUUAUGAAAGAAGGGUUUGAAAGUUUAGAGAAUACUAUAUCUAUCAGUCAUUUGGAAAAUAGAAUAUUAUGUUGUGAAAUAUUGGGUGAAGAUAAAGAUUUCCACAAGUUUUUCAUAACAUAUGUUCAAAGAAUUUGUGAAUUGGGAUUUAAGGCAAAAUUGUAUGAAGUUUGUGAUCACUUGUUGGGUCCUAUUGACGAUCCAUCUGAUAAAUCAUGGGACCCAAAGAUUUGUGGGUUAGACAAAAGAGAAUUAUUAAAAGAGAUAAUUACCUUGUGCUCCCAAUUCAGAGAUGCGCAAAGGGUAUUGAUACAUUUUGGUGAGAAGAUUGAUGUAGUAAGUAGUGAUGUCUAA